GCGCAUUUCCUGUUUCUUCAUAUCAGGUAGAGAGCUCUGUUGUGCCUCUACCAUCAGCUCGUCAAGGCAUGCCAGCAUGUGCUUAACUCCAGCAUCACCAAUUUGAGCCUCCUAUCCUUCCACGACUUCUACUACACUUCCCCAUCAGCGAGAGUUGGCACCAUGAUGUCAUGGUAUAACAAGGUGUAUCCUGUUCUGUUGUGGAGCCUGUUUCUGUUGUAUUCUGAGGGAUCUCAGAACUUCACACUCACAGAAGACAGAGGCAGUAAUAUGAGCAUCAAUACAGCAGCAACACAAAAGAGCAGUUCGUCUAUGGUGGAAACCCAUACGGUGAUGUACAACAGCAGUACCCGUGAGGUAGGCGGUGCCAUUACUGUGGGUGUUAAUGCCUCAGAGGCAACCUUGAUGACCAGCUUGGGUCCAACCCUUUCUCCCUUAGCAAUGCUCACUUCAUCAGGUACAACCCCAUCUCCCCUCACCACCAACCAACCCACCAGCCAGACGUCCUCUUCCCAUGGGCCAUCUAGCACAUCUGACCUCUUGUCCACCACCACUCCCAGCUCUACCAUCUGGUCCUCCAUCACAGAACUUAACACCACAUCUGAGGUGUCCUCCACCACUGGGCCCUCCUCCAUCUCUGGACCUUUCUCCACCAAUGUCUCAGCCUCCACCCCAGGGCCUAGCUCUACCAUUAUCUCAUCCUCCACCCCAGGGCCUAGCUCUACCAAUGUCUCAUCCUCCACCCCAGGGCCUAGCUCUACCAUUGUCUCAUCCUCCACCCCAGGGCCUAGCUCUACCAUUGUCUCAUCCUCCACCCCAGGGCCUAGCUCUACCAUUGUCUCAUCCUCCACCCCAGGGCCUAGCUCUACCAAUUUCUCAUCCUCCACCAAUGAGACUUUCUUAACCACUUUUCCACCCAUCUCAACCACUGACAAUUCUACCAACUCCUCUUCUGGGGUCCUGAUUCCCAAGAUGAAAACAGAGAAGGUCCCCAUCUUGAUCACCAAGACAACGACCACCAUGACAACGUUACCUUCUAAAAAAGAUCCAUCAGGGGGAGGGGGUCUGCCCUGCUCUCCUACCCGACGGGAUGGUCUGGUGAGCCAGUGUCUGAUUGCCAUUGCCUCCCUGGCUGCAGUGGCCACCUUCUUCAUGGUCAGCUGCAUCAUCCUCUGCACCAAGUACUCCUCCAGGAAGCAUCGCUACAGAGUGGGCACAAACAAUCGGGGCACUGAGAUGGUGUGUAUCUCUGCCCUGCUCCACGAUGACAAUGGUCCCCAUUGGAGACCCCACAUCCCCAAGAGCAACGGAGCCCUGCUGCUUGGAACAGAGUUGGAUAGUGACGAGGAGGGGGGAGAUGAUGUAACCCUCCACAGCUUCCUCCCAGACAAUGAGCAACGAAUCUAGAGUGUAGAUAUGCAGACUGUGUCAGACUCUGUGAAGUGCUAUAUGGUCCAAUUACACAGGGUACACAACUCCAGGCCUGAAGGUUAAUGGUCAUCGCAGCCAUCUUAAAGUUCAUCAAGGGAAAGGAUUAAAAACAGAGACUGUGGGGGCGUAUAAAACCUUUGUAGUUUUCCUACUUACUCUGGGUUAAAUGACCACUUUUCUUCAAUUGAUGAGACUUUGAAUUGUACAUCUGACUGGUGGACUGCUGUCAAUAUACAAACUGUUGCUCUUAGAAUAUAUUUUAGCGUCCUCUUUGAAGUUGUUGGUUGGGCCUCGCUGCACAUCCAUCUACUUCAACCAGUAGAGGAAGAGACAGAAACCACAAAUGGAGAACCAAUGAUACGUUACUUUAUUGUGACAUGUUUACAGCAAACAGUGACAAAGUUUGGAGAAGUCAGGUGGUCAAUCAUCCUCAAACGUAACGCAACCCAAUGCAGCCUCUGAGUAGUUCUGAGUGAGAUUGAGUUUUUGCACCAUUUGCACUGACAUGAUUCUGUUGAUAAUGAAGUUCUGCUACACAGACAGUUUAUUAGAGAGGUUUAGGAUUCUACAAUUGAUUUAUAGAUCUGGAAGUAAAGUUCAUGUUAUUUUUUAAGAGAAUCAUUCCUGCACAUACACACUUAUAGAGCUAUAAGAAAACCUAGACUGCUUAUGAUGACUCACUGUUCGUUUGGUCACUGGGUGGAUGGGGCUAUUUAGAGUUGUAUGUGGUCAGAAUUUUAUAGCCUUCAACGUUCUGAGUGGAAAUACAAAAAACAUUAUUUUAUUUUAUACAUGCUUCAGAAAAUAUGUAUCCUUGUGAGCAAUUUCAUUUAUUUGUUUUCUGCAAAAAAGCUUAUUCUUCUGGAAGUCUUGUUAGGUCUUGAUAACAAAACCAUCUGCCUUGAUGUACAGUGAGCCAAAACAUAGACUAUAUGAAGUAUAUCAAAUAUGGUCAGGGUCAAGCGAAUGUGAGAUGUGAUGAACUGUCCUUUACAGGGUGUUAAAUAAGUCUGUAACCUUCUGAAUUGAGUGUCUGUGUAGACAGUCCCAGACGUUCGGCAGAUGUUUCUUGUGUCCUUGUCAUGCCAUAAUAUGUCAUAAUACAAAGAUACAGUAUCAUUGCUAAACCCAGACCCCCUUCAAACCUUUCAAGCCCUCAGAUGUUUGACUUUUUUUUUUACUUUUUGGGGUCUUCCCUCCGUGUGAGAGAGGGACAGGUUUCCUAGAGACACCACAUGUCUGUUUAUCUCUGAGUCCAGUCAAACACAAUGAAGAGGCUCCACAAUUUAACUGAAAAUUGAUCACAAAGGACUGGAACAAAUGAAUAGAUCAUAACGAAACUGUAAAGAAAUGACAAAGUGAUAUUAAACAAUGGGCAGCUGGCUAA